GGAGCUCACGGAGUGACAGCGGCGAGCCCCUGCUUCCCCCCGCGUCCUGGGCCAGGGCAGGUCCGGUCCGCGACCAGCCGCUCCUGCACGCUCUGCGCUCCCACGCGCCGCGUCCUUCCUCCCCACUUUCUCCUCCAGCUGGCCAGCCCACCAUCACCUUCUGGCGAGACCCAGCUGCCCACUCCUGGUCUCACCGGCUCGGGAAGAAGUGUUGGUGGCAUUUUUUUUUAAAAGCCCUGUUUCAGGGGAAGGCACGAGGGGGAAGGAUGAGAAAUUCCCUGCUGUGCCUCUGGGCUGUCUAUUGUUGCUUGGCGGCGGGAAGCCCCGCAUCACUGGGUCCCCAGGGGCCGCUGGAAGAUGAGCUUCACUACCCCAGUGGAGUACAGGUUGCAGCCAAACCCUCUGUGACAUUUAACUUCCGCACUUCUGAAGACCCAGAGCAUGAUGGGUGCUACCUCUCCCUUGGUGACAACCAGCCCUUAGAAGACUGUGGCUUCAACAUGACAGCCAAAACUUUUUUCAUCAUUCAUGGAUGGACGAUGAGUGGCAUGCUGGAAAGCUGGUUGCACAAACUCGUGGCAGCCCUGCAGAUGAGAGAGAAGGAUGCCAAUGUAGUGGUGGUUGACUGGCUGCCCCUGGCACACCAGCUGUACACAGACGCUGUCAAUAAUACCAGGGUGGUGGGUCACAGGGUGGCAAAGAUGCUCGACUGGCUACAGGAGAAGGAAGAUUUUUCUCUUGGGAAUGUUCACUUGAUUGGCUACAGUCUUGGAGCACACGUGGCAGGCUAUGCUGGUAACUACGUCACAGGAACGGUGGGAAGGAUCACAGGUCUGGAUCCCGCGGGGCCCAUGUUUGAGGGGGUGGACAUCGACAAGAGGCUGUCCCCAGACGACGCAGACUUUGUGGAUGUCCUGCACACCUACACACGUUCCUUCGGCUUGAGCAUUGGGAUCCAGAUGCCUGUGGGCCACAUUGACAUCUACCCCAAUGGUGGUGACUUCCAGCCAGGCUGUGGAUUCAAUGAUAUCUUAGGAUCGAUUGCAUAUGGAACAAUCACAGAGGUGGUGAAGUGUGAGCAUGAGCGUGCCGUGCACCUCUUCGUUGACUCGCUGGUGAACAAGGACCAGCCGAGCUUUGCGUUCCAGUGCUCGGACUCCAACCGCUUCAAAAAGGGAAUCUGUCUCAGCUGCCGGAAAAACCGUUGUAAUAGCAUUGGCUACAACACGAAGAAAAUCAGGAAUAAGAGGAACAGCAAAAUGUACCUAAAAACCCGGGCAGGCAUGCCUUUCCGAGUGUACCAUUAUCAGAUGAAAAUCCACAUCUUCAGUUACAAGAACAGGGGGGAAAUCCAGCCUACCUUCUAUGUUACUCUGUAUGGCACUAACGCAGAUUCCCAGAUUCUGCCCUUGGAAAUAGUGGAGCAGAUCGGCCUGAACGCCACCAACACCUUCCUGGUCUACACAGAGGAGGACUUGGGUGAUCUCCUGAAGAUCCGGCUCGCGUGGGAGGCCACAUCCCAAUCCUGGUACAACCUGUGGAAGGAGCUCCGCAGCUACCUGUCUCAACCCGGCAACCCCUCGAGGGAGCUGCACGUGCGGCGCAUGCGCGUCAAGGCUGGGGAGACUCAGCGGAAAUUGACAUUUUGUGCAGAAGACCCUGAGAAAACUAGCAUCUCCCCUGGCCAAGAGCUGUGGUUCCACAAGUGUAGAGAUGGCUGGAAAAUGAGGAAGGAAAUGGAAAAUGAGAUCAGUCCCAUGGUGAAUCUGGCCUGAGGUGACCAGGAUGAUCUGCAGCCUGCACCCCAACACUGCUGUCCAGGCACAUGGAGGAAAGUUACUGCUGAGGACCAACCUGAUGGAAGGCUCCUCUCAGCCUUGAUCUUGGAGCCCGGGGAGGAGCUUGCUUGCUGGACUCAUCUUUGUCUUCUAUGACGACUGGCUUAUGCAGAAAGGGACCGCAUUGCUGCAGCUCCAGAUGCCAUUCUAGAAGAUUCAAACUCCAAAUCUCCGUUGACACUUCAAGAUCCCAGUCCAGACUUUUGCACCAGAAUGUCCAGGACCCUUACCCAUACUGGGCAGGACACCAGUCGCUGUGUGAUCCCUGGCUUUGCCCGACAACAGGCAACAUGGCCUCUGAAGGGGCUCUUCGUGGAGGGCUGGCAGCUGCUUGGCCUCACUGAGCCACAGUGACAGGUCUUUCCCUUGGGAGUUGACUCAUGUCCCAGUGGCAGGCCUGUUCCCUCAUUGGUCCAAGAGAGGGGACAGUAGACUGUUGGAGUUGUGGGAGUCCCCAUGAGACGCAUCGAUGGGUAUUGGUUCUGUCUUCGCCAUUCCGCUCUGCUCCCUACGUCCCUUCUGAAGCACGCACUAACAGCGUUCUUCCUUUUUCCCCCAUUAUCCUUACUUUGAUUGGACAAAAAUGUUUGUUAGACAAUUGAACAUGACUAAACCUCUGCAUUUGGAACCAAUGGGACUGGGGUUCCUAGAAUUCCAGUUUAGUGGCCCAAGAGUAUACAAGUCAUGAAAGACAGUGACAAGGAGGAGGGCUAAAGGCUGAAAGAGUUGAGGACCCUGAGCCAUUAAGUGGUUCCCACCUAUGUUUUUGUCUUAAUUCACAUCUGCCAUUUCCUCCAAAACUGACAUGCUUGGGCACUAGCAGAAUAGCAGGAGGGAGGUCACACAUAGUAAGGCCCCACUGCUGGCCAGUUGCUAGCUAUGAUUGCUUUGGAGCAAAUGUUUUCUGUUUAGCGAGCGGGAAGAGGCUACGUGUGUCCUUCCUCCCUGCCCCUGCGGACAGGCCGGCCCUAAGACUUGACACGGCACUCUUUCCUCUGGGACAGACGCAUUCUGCUGUCAUGUUGAACUCAGAAAAGCCUUGGAUUCUAGAUCUUGAUUGCAAUGAAUAAACUUGGUGUCUGAGACACCCUUUUAUACUUUUCA